AUGAAUCCAACACCUUCUAUCAUUGUCGGAUCGAGCAACGAGAGCCAUUAUUGGCUAACCAACGAUAUGAGCGAAAUCGCUGAAAACCAAAUUGACGAUGCAAAUGGAAGUCACAACGUCAAUGUAACAGAUAACGAAAGGAAUGAAGGGCUUGCCCAGGCAGAAAUUGCUGUGUUGGGUGCAAUUUUAUGUAUGGCCUUACUGGGUAACUUGAUCGUUAUCGUUGUUCUUAUGUACAGAAAGAGGAAAUUAAGUCGAAUGCAAAUGUUUAUAAUUCACCUAGCGGUUGCAGAUAUUUCGGUAGCCCUUUUUCAGGUAUUGCCACAAAUUGUGAUGGAUAUUACAUUUUUAUAUAAUAUAUACAAUUUUCUUUGUAAGCUUGUAAAGUACAUGCAGGUUGGAACGAUGUAUAGCUCCACCUACGUAUUAAUCAUGACCGCUCUAGACCGAUAUAUGUCCAUAUGUAAUCCCCUAAGUUCACAGACAUGGACAAGAAAGAGAGUACAUGUUAUGGCUGCAAUAGCUUGGAUCCUUUCUGCCAUAUUUUCGUUACCACAAUUAUUUAUCUUCUCGUAUAAACAAAGGCUUGAUGGAGUUUACGACUGCAUGGAUAAUUUUGAUUUGCAAAAGCAAUUUUGGACAUUGCAAGUUUACGUUACAUGGAUAUUCAUAUCAGUAUAUGCUGUUCCUUUUGUGAUACUGACCAUAUGCUAUAUAAAGAUUUGCCACGUCGUUUGGGUCAGCGUAAACUCAAAAGAGACAUACAACGCAGUCAAGCGCAAAACACACUACAAAAAUGGGUCUUCGCCAUAUCACACCGAGGAGACUGUAACAAAGCCGAGAGCUCACUCAAAGAAAAUGUCCAAGUCUAAAAUCAAGACUGUGAAACUUACGCUUACAGUUGUGAUCUGCAUUAUCGUAUGUUGGGCGCCAUUCUUCAUUACACAGUUGUGGUCAGCCUUUGAUAUGAACGCACCUUACUUUACAAGUCAUAUCAUGGCUAUCGCAACGCUUUUGGCCAGUCUCAACUCGUGUACAAAUCCUUGGAUUUAUUUCGCAUUCUCCGACAAAUUGUGCAAGAAAAGAAAACCAACUACCAUGAAAACGUGGAUGUCAACUGCAAACACAUACAUGUCUGAAACAGAGAGAGAUUAUUUGCGCAUGUGCCAGUUAAAUCCGGAUAAUACGUCAUUGUCAUUGUCCAGGUCAUUUAAUGACUAAUAAUAGAUCAGAUCUAUACGGAACUAGCAAACUCUUGAUUUUUGAUCUGUUAAUACUG